AUGAACAACGAAGAAAAUAAAACAGAAGGAAAAAGACACAAACCGGAGCACGACAGCUCGAUUGAAGAAGACAAAGAAGAGCAACAUAAAAGCAAAAAAGCUCCAGACACGCGCAUAAAAAAAGUAAGUACAAUAUUAACGGACAUGGAGGAGAUUAAGAUAUUGCUGAGCCAGAUGAGGCAAGAAAUUAAAGAAGAUAUUCUGGAAAGCAAAACAGAGAUUAAAGAUGAAAUCAAGGAUAUGAAAAACGAACUGGAAGAUAUUAAGCAGAAGUUUAAGCAAAACAAAGCAGAAACAGAAAAUUUAAAAAGAGAAGUAGAAAAAAAAGAACAAAAAUGGGAGAAAGAAAACGAAGAACUCAAAAAAGCGUUAACACUCAUGGAGAAUAGAUUAGAGAAGAUCGAUAAAGAAAAAAUACGCAAUAAAUUAAUCAUAACAGGAAUUCAGGUAGAUCUGGAAGAUGAAGUUAGACUAAGAGAAAACAUACAAAAAAUGAUGGAAACAGAGCUGCAACUGAAAAUAGAAGUUAAAAGUGCGUUUAAGAUAGGAUACAAGAAAUGUAUAAUAGAAACGAAGAGCUGGGAAGACAAACAGAAAAUACUGCAAGAAAAAGGUAAACUCAAAUACACAAGAGACUGUAGAGAAAUAUACAUAGAUGCAGCGCUGACGUUCAAGGAAGCAAAGAUACAAAAAGAAAUCAGAGACAUAGCAAAACAACAGAGAAGCAAAGGAGCAAAAGUUGCUAUAAAAUAUCGUCUCUCGGUAGCCGCCGAAGAGACAAGACGUGCAGAGUGCAACGUACUUCUUAGUACGGCUGUGAAUGUAAGCACAGCAACACUAGAGCGCUCGCUCUCGCUAGACGCGAAGACGUGGAAGCAGAGGCAAAAGCCAACCUCUUGGAUGUGGUGA